AGAUAAUAGGUUUUUAUGUUUGUUGUGAAAACGUUUUACCUAUUCAAUUAAAAUGGAUGUAAUGACUGAAAGAGCAACGCUAUCCCAAUCACAAAAUAUCUCGUCUGUUUACCAAACAGUAAUCGGAAUGAAGGAUAUAUUUUCAGUAACUGACAACACAAUUCCCUCAGUGUUGAUUACAAAAGAAAACCUUGCCAGAUCAAAAGAAAACUUUAAACAGAGAAUAAAAAUGGGAAAAAACAAGUGGAGCUUGCCAGACGCGGAACAUAACAAUAAUAUAUUACAUAUGCUGCAAACAAACGGACAACGGAGGGGAAGAGAAUUUCGAGCAAAAUCUAAACGAAGGAUUGUAACUCAGGAUUCAUCACGAUCUUUUCUUCCAAACAUCUCUGGGACUAUUCCUCAAACUGCAGGUGGUAUAUCAAGGAAAAAAUCAUCGAAAAGAAAAAGUCGUUCAGUCCUUUCAAAUCAUGAAGUUUUAUCACAGCAGGGAGUGCGUACUCAUUUACCAAAGUUUCGAAAGAAACUAAGUUCAGAAGUGAAAUCAAAAGACGAACAAAAAAUCAUUAGAAAUAUAAAGUUUUGGAGGGAAACAACACCUAUAAGUAGAGCUGGAAUUUACGACAAUAUUCCACAAAUUGAUAAAGAUACUGCUGAAGAAAGUAGAGACAUGAUAGCUCAAGAAGAAAGUAAUGUUGGGAAUUCACAGAAUCCAACUUGGUCCAACAAAUUUUCAAUGGAGAAUGACACACAGAAGACACAGAAUAAAUUCUAUGCAAGACAUAUGGCUUUAAGGGAUAGACUAAUUGAGUUUGAAACAAUGCACUAUAGAGAAGCAGUAACAAGAAUAAACAGAUAUCGAGAGAAACUAAGAAGGCCCCAAGCUACUAGAGCUGGAAAACUGAGACAAACAAAGGAAGCAAGCAGAGAAAUGGAUCAAAGAAAAGAUAAAAAAGAACAACAGAGACAAGCUAUUGAAGAGGAUGAUAAUAAUAACAAUGGUGGGAUUUCACCACCAGGAAUCAGAAUGUCACCAAGUAAAGAAUGGAAACCAUACAUUGCAAAAAGACAUGCUGGAGAUAACCAGCAAAGUAAGAAGCACUCAGUGCUUCACAAAUCUGGAGGAAAAAUUGACAAAAAACAAGGAGACAAAACCAAUUCCGCCAGAGUUCCACAGACAACAAUUCCAUCAAAACAUCGCAGUACCAAUCCAACGCCAGAUGAAGACAUAACAUAUCCGAUACAUAUUGAAAAACUAUUGAGAGACUGCACACCUCAGAAUAUAAAAACAAGCGACGUAGAUAGAAGUACACAAGAUAGAGUUUCGACUCGAUUAAAAAUGACAACAGAUGUGGCAACGGGGUUACCAACAGUGGAAGGUGUCAAUGAAUUUAAAGGCAAGAUGGAAAUUUCUAAUCACAGUAAAGGAAAGUCUAUCCUCAUUGAUAUAAGACAACAAUAUAACGAAGGACAAACUAGAAAUGAUGUUGAUACUAAACAAAAAUCAGAGGAGUUGGCCGAAGCUGGAAAUACUGAAGAUGUUGCCUCUGGUAGUACACGAACAAUGCUGGGCACGAAACUACGUCUACUAUUACAGAAAAGUUCACAGUCAGAAAGAGAAAGUAAAACAGCUGGAGGCAGCAGUCAAUUGAUAGAAGAAACAACAAUUGGUAAUAAUCAUCCAAAAACGAGUGGUGGUAAAAGAUUUACCCAGAAGACUUCCAAGUUUUAUCCACCGGGAUCGACUCGAUUUCCAAAUGUCACUAAGAUCGGAAGUCUAUCGAUGUCAUUUCAAAGAGAUGGUAAACAAGAAUUUAUGAUGAGAGGAAUAAAAGGAGAAAAAGAUAAUUUUCGUCCAAAGCUAAAAGAUAUUAUAAACAAGCAUAACAAUGAAGAAAGGUUGGAAAGAUCUCAAGCAAAAGUAAAACAAAAUCAAAUCCGUAUGAAUGAUGCCAAUUUAUUGAUGUUAAGGAAGGGAACGCAAGAUACAGAGAUUGAAAAAGACAAGGCAGAUGACAAAACGCAAAAUCUAACUUACAAAUCAUAUUUGAGAGGAAAAGUUGUGUUUAAGAAUGCUAGCUCAACAGUAAAUGAAAUACAACAUAGAGGCGGACUGAGUGGACUUUCAUUUGCAAGAUUAUCUACAAAUAUGAAACAAGAUGGGAGAGAAAAACAGAGAACAACAAGUUCUGUGAAAGGUCCAAACUCAAGAGAAGUUGAAUAUUCAACAAUUCCAAUAGCAGAAAAAAGAAAAAAUGGGAUUCUGAAUAAAGGGCUAAACAUUCCUGUAGUUGUUGAAGGGCCUGUUUCUGAAAAAGAAUCUGCUAAAAAGGAGAAACUAAUACAACAACAGAAGGAACAGUUAAUGCAAGCUCGACAUAUGUUGUUUGACCCAAGUAAAUUGGCAAUUACAAGUCUAACAGCAGCUAUAUUAAACAGUGAAUUGGCACUGAGAGCUCCAUCAAGCAGUCCAGUUGAUUUUACCCGUGGAUUUCAACAACGAAUAGCAAUGACAUCUCAAGGAUAUAUGCAAGGUCUAGAUCCAGCAGGUCCAACAAUGAAAGGAUCAACAGGUAGAGUGCCACAUACACCAAUGAAUCAAGCAGAUGGAUUAUCGCCACUACUAGACCAAGGUGAUGAGAGACAGAGAAGUUCAAAACUACCACUCCCCAAAGUCUCUGAUCUAAUUGACCUCCAGCGUUUGUAUGAAGCCGUGCGACAACAGAACGGUACUGCACCUUUUUAUGUUCCGACUUCGUCCAUUGAAGGAAUUAAAGAUUUACAACGAAAACAUUUUCACAAAGCGCAGCUCAAAAGACAACCAUUUUAUCACUAUCCGUAUCCUUACCAAAACGUGAACAAUUUAAAGCAAGACGAUGGUAUACCUUUAUAUAUAGUGACUAGCGCUGCAACAAAAGUACACAAACCGAUGAAAUUCAAUCCAAAGUCAAAUACUACGGAAUCAAUGUCAUGGAAAUAUAACUAUAACAAAGGCAAAGAAAAGCCUCCAGUUCCGCCACCCAAGAAAGAAGAAAUCAAUCUGGUUUAUAAUUCUCCAUUCCAUGAUAAGCAAAUCAAAAAUGAUCAGAAUAACCAGAACAGUAUUGCGACGGAUAAAUACAAAGGAUAUACUGGUGUACGAGGUGUUAUCGUCUCAAUGUCAACUCCAUCUAAACCACUGCAACAAAUUGAAGAGAAUUAUGCAACUUAACAAUUACCACCAAUCCUAAGUUUAAUUUUGCGAGAAAAAAAAAUCCACUGGUGACAAACCACACUUUGUAAACAUUAUACACCAGUAAUCCCCAAUCAGUGCCAUUAAGUCUUUUGGUAAUAUUCCUGAAAGUUGUGGAUCAUUCUGAAUACAAUCUGUCAAUAAUGUUAUGUACAAAUGGUAUCUACCAAAGAGAUGGCUUCUCAUCAGAUUAUAGAAAAUCGCCUUGAAACUGGAGGAUGAUAUAAGAUGUGCCAUGAUGAAAAUAAGCUAUCACAUGCAAAAGCUUAUGAACUAACCAGAAUCUCUUCGGUGUACCCCAUGAACUGAAAACUACUGCUAAUAGCGAUGUUGAUGAUAUUGAAUGCUUCAAUCUUUUCCUAAAAAAUACCCUACUCCUUAUCCUACCUUAUACUUUUCUAUAACUCUAAUAUAAAUAGCACUGCCUUUCUCCUAUAUAAUAUAUAUGAAAAUAAAUACCGAACAGAAAUCUGUCUGCGAAAAAUGUCUGAUAAACAGGAGUAAAAUAGUAAUUUCAGAAGACCAAUGACAGUAUAAUUAUUUGAUUGUAAGUAAACGAAUAAGGUGUUUUCACUUUUCUUUUUUAAUGGGUCUCUGGAUAAGGAGUCAGUAGCAAGCAUGCAGCGAUUUCGUAUUUUGAAAUGCCAGUUCUAUAUAACAGACCAAUCGUAUAACACUCGCUAGAACUCAAAGCCUAACCCAGAGAUACUAACAUACAUUGGACCGGCAUAUAAACCGCUAAAUGUUAUCACAAUCACAAAAAUUGAAGUCGAUAUUAAGAAACAAUUGCGUGUAUAUGUUGUUAUACUGAUGCAAGGCUAAAAAAUAAUAUAUAUAUAUACACAGUACAACCACAUGUUCGUGAUAGCCAUGAGCAGUUUCAAUAAAUAAAUAUUCCUUCUUGUUAUUAGCAGACAAUUUUUAAGUUUCCCUACAAAAAGUGAACAAUACAGGGGCCAAACACUUUGAUUAGUGCCUCACCAAGUACUAUAAAAUAAAGUUUGUAAUCCACUACCAUACUUACCUAAAGUACAUUAUAAAAAAAAGGUAAAGGCUUAAUAUAUGAAUCCAUAUCUCCCAAAUCAUUUGUAUUGGAUGAAUAGCAUUCAUAUCAUAACUUAACUAAGUCAUCUCUCAAAAUACAUCCGAGGUGUUUCUGGCCACUAUAUUCAGAAUAUGAUAAUCACAUAAUCAUGUAAUCUAAGUAUGCUUGUUUGCCAAAAAAUUUUGCAUGAAACUUCAAAAAUUUCAAUAAACUAAGAACUCAUUGAGUAACUUUUUUCAAAGAUUUGGUUUCCUUUAUUUUUGAGUGAAUGAACAUGGCCGUAAGCAAAUUUCCAUUA